UUUGCUGUGUAGUUUUACGCCAGUUGGACAUGGGGGGAGGCUUCUAUAUCAGUAAGUUUGUUGGGGUGGUGGGCAUUGUGUUUGGUGCAGGGGCAGUGGCCACCAUCAUUGCGUUGGCAGUCGUUUAUUCUCAAGAGGUAGCCAAAAACGAGGCUGUCAGUCCGACUAAUGGAGGUUCCACUAUCAAGCCACCGGUCACCACACCUGGAGGGUCAACUGUCAAGCCACAGAUCACCACACCUGUCAUACCCACAACUGCACCCUCAAAUGAACCAUGGGACAAGUACCGUCUCCCAGACACCCUGAAGCCUGACCACUACAACCUAACCCUGUGGCCCCGACUCACCGUCAACGCACAAGGCCUCUACAUCUUCACAGGGAAAUCCUAUGUGGUCUUCCAAUGUGUGAAGGAGACGGACCUGAUCCUCAUACACUCCAACAAGCUGAACUACACCAAGUGGGAUGAUGACCAUCUGGCUAAACUGUCUGCUCUCGGUAGCACACCCGCACCAACCAUAAAGAAAUCCUGGCUACAGCCAACAACUCAGUUCCUGGUAUUGGAACUGAAUGGCAAGUUAGCUGUUGGAGAAUCCUACCAGCUGGACACAGUGUUUGUUGGGGAGCUGGCUGAUGACUUGGGAGGGUUUUAUAGGAGUGUAUAUACGGAGGAAGGAGAAGAAAAAGUUGUUGCGACAACUCAAAUGCAGCCCACAGAUGCCAGGAAAGCCUUCCCCUGUUUUGAUGAGCCUGCAAUGAAAGCCAUCUUCCACAUCACACUCCUCCAUCCCCCGAUGACAGUGGCCCUGUCCAACGGCAUGGAGCAUGCUCCUGUUGCAGUCGAUGAGGUGGGGCCCGAGGGGCCUGUGAGUGUUUGGAGGACAUCUUUUGACGAAACAAAAAAAAUGUCAACAUACUUGUUGGCAUUUAUUGUCAGUGACUACGACUAUAUUAACAGCACAAAUGACAAUGUUCUGAUCCGGAUCUAUGCCCGCAAAAAAGCUAUCGCUGAUGGACAAGGCGAGUACGCCCUCAACAAAACAGGACCCAUCCUGAAAUUCUUCGAAAAAUAUUACAAUUCCACCUACCCUCUGCCAAAGUCAGACCAGAUUGCUUUGCCUGACUUCAAUGCUGGAGCAAUGGAGAACUGGGGACUCAUUACAUACAGAGAAACAGCCCUCUUGUACGACCCUAAGAUGUCCUCCAAUUCAAACAAAGAAAGGAUCGCCACCAUUAUUGCUCAUGAACUGGCCCACAUGUGGUUUGGAAACCUUGUGACACUGAGGUGGUGGAAUGACCUGUGGCUAAAUGAGGGCUUUGCGUCUUACGUAGAAUAUCUUGGGGCAAAUGAAGCAGAGCCUGACUGGAACAUUAAAGACCUGAUAGUUCUGGGUGAUGUGCACAGGGUGUUUGCAGUAGAUGCUCUUGCCUCAUCUCACCCCCUGUCCUCCAGAGAGGAGGACAUCCAGAAGCCUGAGCAAAUCAGUGAACUGUUUGAUGCCAUCUCUUACAGCAAGGGAGCAUCAGUGUUGAGAAUGCUCUCGGAUUUCCUGUCUGAAGAGGUCUUCUCCACAGGACUCAGUACAUACUUGAACAAGUUCGCCUAUGGUAACACAGUGUAUACUGACCUCUGGGAUCACCUCCAAAUGGGAAUAAAUUCCACUGGCACGUCACUUCCCACAGGCCAAACUGUGCACAGCAUCAUGAACCGCUGGGUCCUUCAGAUGGGCUUCCCAGUGGUCACCAUAAACACAACCACUGGACUGAUCAACCAGCAGCACUUCCUUCUGGACCCUUCCACUGCAGGGAGUGUACCACCAUCUGACUUCAAUUAUGAGUGGAUAGUACCAAUCAGGUGGAUGAACACAGGAGUUGUACAGCAACAGACAUGGCUAGAGGACAGAACUGCUAAUAAGCCUGAAAUGAUAGUCACUGGGAACAACUGGAUACUGGCCAACCUUAACGUCUCUGGAUACUAUAGAGUUAACUAUGAUAACAACAACUGGGAACGUCUCCUCGGUGUACUGAGCAGCCAUCACGAGUCUAUUCCAGUUAUCAACAGAGCUCAAUUGGUGGAUGAUGCUUUUAACCUUGCAAGGGCAAAAUAUAUCAACACAACAUUAGCGUUGCGAACAACGAAGUAUCUCAGAAGUGAAAGGGAAUAUAUGCCGUGGGAGUCAGCUCUUGACAACUUGGACUUUUUCUACCUCAUGUUUGAUCGGAGUGAAAUCUAUGGGGAUAUGCAGACUUACCUAAAAUAUCAAAUAGAACCACUUUUUAAGCACUUUGGGAAUAUCACUGGAAACUGGACAGAAGUACCCACUGGACAUAUGGACCAGUACAACCAGGUGAAUGCCAUCAGGGUGGCCUGCAGCACUGGUAUGGAAGAGUGCCAGACUCUGACUAAAGGCUGGUACAGUCAGUGGAUGAAAGACUCUGCAAACAAUCCGAUACACCCCAACUUGAGGACGACAGUGUACUGCAGUGCUAUUGCUGCAGGGGGGGCUGCGGAGUGGGAAUUUGGUUGGGAUCAGUUCAAGGCUGCCACCAUCGCUAUUGAGGCAGACAAGCUUCGAUCUGCCCUGGCCUGUACCAAGCAGCCCUGGCUACUCAACAAGUACCUGGAAUACACCCUGGACGCAAACCAAAUUCGCAAGCAGGAUGCUACCUCUACCAUUGUUUACAUUGCAAGUAACGUGGUGGGCCAGUCUCUGGCCUGGGACUUUAUGAGAGACCGAUGGAAUUACAUCUUUACUCAGUACGGUGGUGGAUCUUUCUCCUUCUCCAAUCUCAUCAAUGGUGUGACCAAGAGGUUCUCAACAGAAUUUGAGCUCAAACAGCUUAAGCAAUUCCAGGCGGACAACUCUGAGGUUGGCUUUGGCUCAGGUACCUUGGCAGUUUCACAGUCCAUUGAGAGGACAACAGCUAACAUCAAAUGGGUGGCGGAGAACAAGGACUCAGUGCACACAUGGUUUACAACAGAGGUUCCUAAAGAAUAAGGGUCACAUGGAGAAACAAACACCUAUCCAAAAGCUAUGUUCCCGGUUUUUACGAGAGUUUUAUGUCUCUUUAACGGUUAAAGGACCAUUUUGAUUCUACAGCUAUCCUGCCGUUUAAUCAGAAAUACUAUGUAUGAAUUGAAAUGUGCUUUUUCUAACAAAGACUAAAGACAUUUUGAUACAUGCUUGCAUCCUGAAUACCUUUUUGGGGAAGUUUAUUUUUUAUCAUAGUAUAUUUUGCUUAAGUCAGUAUUUGUAGAUAUUUGAAGACAGUAACUAUCUACAAUGCUGAUUUGUUAUAAAACACUGGUUUAUUGUUGUGGAAAUAAUACACUUGUUUUACACUGCAUCUUUUAUGUAAUUUUGCUUCUUUUGGGCUUUUACAUUACUGGAAAUAAACGGUUCUCCUUAUAACAA